AUGUCGUCGGCUUCGAGGAAGUCGCUAUUGCAACAACCACUCAACCGCCGUCUCGACAGCGUCCAAAAAGUCGAACGACGAGGACGCGCCAGCUCCAGCGCACGCCAGCUCAAUGUGAGCCAUGACGAUGCUUACACGUACGCCCUACGGGUUGCCUACUUGCACUACCUACUCCAGCCCAAAGCGAAGAGAAAACAGUUCGUCCCCGCGCCGAAGCCUCCCACCAGAGCCUACACCUCCCGGGCUGUGGUUCUGUUCAACGAGUUCAUCCCUGGAAACUCCACGGGGAAUGUCAAACUUCCUCAUGGAUUCCGUGGUCCUCUUGAGAAGCGCAUGACGGGCGUUCUCAUGGGCACGGAGAGACUGCCCGGCUAUACCGACUCAGCAGUCAGGCGCACCUUUGGCGAAGCGUACACCGCUUUCACCUCUGCCGCGUUUCGAAAAAGCAUAGACAAGGAUCGGAAGAUUGAGCCGCUACUCAUGAUCUUCUUUUCGGCUGCAGAGAAAGCAUGCAAGGCCACCGCCGCCGACCGCCCGGGCGAUGAAUCAUGGAGACUCCUCAUUGACAGACACGUUGCCAUGUUUGUGAGGCUCUUGAGCAAUAUCUUGCAAGGCAUGGGCAGCGAUAGAGACAAACCUGAGCUCAUGAGCCGACUUAGGACCCUGGAAAACAAACUUCUAACCAACGACCAAAAUCUAUUCGUCGACACAGGCCAGAGCGACGGCACGCACAUUGAAGUUGUGGUGCCGCUAAGUUACGAUGUCAAAGACAUGCACAUGGUUCAAGUCGUUGCGAGGAUUUUUGGCUUGUCCAAUUCCGACGUCCAAAGCCACAUCGACGCCCAACGUCCCAACUGGACUGAGGAAGCUGCUCUGAAGGAUCUCAAGUCUUACCAACAUCGGUUGAACUCCAACUUGAGUGGCGCACUGCGCAGCCAAGACUUCGACAUCGAAGAGGCAUACCAAGAUUGGAAAAAAGCUGAAGGUCCCUACCUUUCACAGAUGAUAUUGGAUAUCCUGACAGCCAAACCGGAGCUGGCUAAAACGUCAUCAGGCUCCCAACCAGGUUUGGACAAACCGUUGCCAACUAGUCCAACCAGCGGAUAUGGAGAAGACCAAGCAUACUCCGACUUGAGCAGGGCGCUUGCAAGUCCCGAUUCCGGCCUUGGUCUUGAUCAUUCCCUGAGCUUCGGGUCAAUGUCACUUGAUGAUACGAGCAGUAUCAGAAGCGUGGAUGAGGCGCAUUACACCUUCAUUCCGCCGGACCCCAGAGCAUUCUUGAAGACUAUAGUGAAAUAUGCUAUGGAAUUCGAUGCAAUGCACGGGGACGUCACCGAAGAAGUUGGCCCAUUCUCCAAAUCAACGAAUGAGUUGUUGACGGAGCUUUGCGUCUAUUGGCGCAUCCCCCAGUUCACGCGCCUUGUCAUUUGCCUAGAAGUAGCUUCUGGCAGGUUUCUUGACACGCUUUUCACCGUCCUCGACCUUGAUACCGUCUUCGAUUUAGUCAAAAUACCCCCGCCAGAGAACAAGAAGCCGCCGCGCAUCUAUUUGUACAACGAAAGUCUGGGUACGAUAGACCGAAGUCAGUGGACGGUCCAUGAUUUUGCCGUGUACCAGCAAACACUCAAUGCUCUGCACGAUGCCUUAUUGCGGGAGUUGUACGAUACGUUCAUGCAUUGUUACGAGCCCAAGCCACCCUCGGUUGGUCCAGUACUCCAUGUGCUCCAAAAUCAAAUCUACGCCGAUCCCAACUUUGCGAGGAAAGAGCAAGACAUGGAGAGUUACAAGGCAGCUAUGCGCGAUGGCCUCAAAGCCCAGGCUGAAAUUGCUUACCGUGGCUACUUGAAAGCCGAGAUUCCCGAAAGCCAGGAGGACUGGGAUUUCAACCACGUUGUACAGCUGGGUAAAUCGGUCGUCAAGCUGUGUGAAAGGAUCAAGAAACGUUACAGGUCUAACCCAGAAGUCAUGGGUGUAAACCCGCUUACAAUUCUUGUGGAAACCAUGUUCCCCAGCUUCGAGGACGAUGCCCAUGUAAUUGUGAAGAGAAUUAUUGAAGUUGCGAAAGAGCGAGGUGAGGAGUUCGGUUCUCAGGAUGGAUUCGAUCUGUACAAAGAGCUCGUGGAGAUCCGACGUAUUCACAGAUCUUCACUGCCUGACACGCCGUUCACAUUCGACAUUGAAGAGUUGCUUAUAAACUUUGUGUGGCGAUGGAUUGAGAAUGCGGAAGCUUUCACGGACAAUCUUGUCGAAAACGCCAUCAAACAAGAUCAGUUCCAAGUCCGUUCUCUUGGGGAAGGUCAUAUCACGUUGGAUUCUGAGCGUCACAGUUUCUCCAUCAUCGACAUUUUCAAAAGCUUCAACCAGACUGCAGACCAGAUCUUUCAACUUGAGUGGGACAACGACGUGCACCAUGCGCGCUUCAUGACUACCCUGGCCAAGGUCUUUGCAAACGGUAUUGCUAAAUAUUGCGAGAUCGUGGAUACCAGGUUCGUUAAGGAAAUGGACACUCCUCGAAUGAAUCAAGAGGAGGCAGUCACUACCACUCAGACGACCCAGGGCAAGUUCAUGAAAUAUGCGAAGGACGCUUGGAACACCAAAGAGAAAGUGGAGCCAUUUCAGUUCUACUCCGAGUCUUUAGUCAAGCUGAACAAUAUCGAAUACGCUAUGCAAGAACUAGAUAAACUUGAGAGAUCAAUGAAUGUGGAUGCGUGCGCCGCUGUUCUGGACAAGGCGGAGGGUCCCAAGAAGCAACUCAAGCGACCUACGAAGUAUGUCUUCACCAUCAAAAUCGUCGAAGCUGAAGACUUGAAGGCGUGCGAUCCCAAUGGUACCAGCGAUCCAUAUGUUGUGCUGGGCGACGAAUAUCAGAAGCGUCUAGCGAAGACGAGGGUGAUUAUGAGAAAUCUCAACCCCAGAUGGGACGAGUCGGUGGAUAUUACUGUAACUAGUCCUAUCAACGUUGUCGCAACGAUUUGGGACUAUGACACUUUUGGUGAUCAUGACUUCGUGGGGAGGACCUCGCUGAAACUUGAUCCUAAACACUUCAGCGACUACCUCCCAAGGGAAUUCUGGUUGGACCUUGAUACUCAGGGAACGCUUCUACUGCGAGUCAGCAUGGAGGGUGAGCGAGACGACAUCCAAUUCUUCUUCGGCAAGGCCUUCAGGCACCUUAAAAGGACGGAGCGCGACAUGGUCCGUAAGAUUACUGACAAGCUCACAUCGCACAUCAACGCAUCACUGUCCCAGGAAGCCCUACGAAGCUUGCUUGGCCGUGGGAUCUUGCAAUCGGCCCAAAUCCUUUGGAAGCGUCAAUCCAAGGUGCCGGCGCUUACAGACGUUGAAAUUGAGAACGCCUUGCAUUCGCUCUUCGCUUAUUUUAAUGACAACUUUGCCAUUAUGAAGCAGACGCUAACAGAAGCCACCAUGCAAGCUGUUAUGACGCGUCUGUGGAAGGAAGUCCUCAUGGCCAUUGAAUCCCUCGUUGUGCCUCCUCUUUCCGACAAACCAUCUAGUCAAAAGCCUCUUACCGAGCGUGAACUCGAAGUCGUCUACAAGUGGCUCGGAAUGCUCUUUGAUUUCUUCAACGCAAGGGAUGAAGAUGGUGAAGUUUUGGGUGUGCCAGCCGAAGUUCUCAAGUCGCCUAAGUAUCACGAGCUCGCAUCACUCAACUUCUUCUACUUCGAGUCUACCGAACAGCUGAUCCACACAUCGGAGCGCAUGGCAGCCGCGACAGCUCAGCGCGCUCAGCAGGCCAUGACUACCCAGCUCUCCUCGGGCCAGAACCGCCUGUCGGCGCCGGCCUCUUUUGGCGGUUUCAGUGGUGCCGCUGCCGGGCCGUCGUUUGCCAGCAUGGGUACCAUCCGCCGCGGCAAGAGCAUCAUGAUGAGUCGCAAUCUGGGCACGAUGCGCCGCGCAAAAGAAGAAAAGCGCAAGGAGGCCCAGGCCGACCCCAACGACGAUAUGAUAUUGCGAAUCCUGCGCAUGCGGUCUGAUGCCGCCGACUACCUGAAGUUCAGGCACCGUCAAAAGGAACGCCAGGCUGCUCAUGCCGCUGCUGCUAUGAUAGUAAAGCAGAGUGCCAGUCAGGGCUGGAACGGUGGCGUUGGUCGUGGCGGCGUGCCAAGGAGGUGA